AUGUUCACUGCUGCAUUUUAUAACAUACAAAAUCUGCUUGCGGAGAAACGUGGUGUGCAUGAUGUUUUCAAUGUUGUGGGAGCUGGAUCAGCCACUGCUUCAGCUUUUGGUUUAAUAAUGCCCGGAUCAUUCCAUUGGAGAGCAAGGAAUAUGGCACUAGGAUCAGUACUGGGAGCAGCAUUUUGUUUUCCUCUUGGUUGGAUCCAUUUGAAGAUGGUAGAAAUAGCGAAUGAAGGGAAUCCGGAUGCACAUCCACGUUCAGACCAGAAAGAAGUGAAGAGUGGCGUUAGUGCUGCAAUUGAGAGGCUUGAAGGAAAUUUAAACAAAUAA